AUGGAGCCGAGCGAUUCGUCCUACUCAAAUGCAGAAGCCAAGAAACGGGCAAAAGAAGCUCGACCAAAUUUAAUCACUAAAAAGUGAGAAUUUUUCUCAACGGUCUUACAGUCUCAGAAAUUUUUAGUCAGAGUUUUUGAUCAAUAACUUUCACCGUAACCUUUUAUUCGCAAAAGUGGAUAAAUUUGAAUUUAAACAUUAACUAAUUCCUGUCUCCUGAUUAUAGUUACCGAUUCCAGAUCGAAGAGUAACUUGUAAUCAAAAAUAAUAUUCAGAAGUAAAAAGCCAAAGCCUAAAUCUCAAAAUUUGCAAAAAAAGCCCAAGUCGUCAACGGAACAGAGAGCAGUCUACUGGGUUCCUACGAGAACCUUUGCCGAUCAUUUUCCUGCCCUUUUCCCCAUCAAACAGCGUGUCAAUGUCAAACAGGAUUUUUCGGUGAGUAUGAUCUCCAAGAAGGCAAGAAAAAUUGAAAAAAGGGUUUUUAUGAAUAAUCUGCCCCAGGUUAUCUCGAUUUUUGUUUCCUUCCGGCUACAUACCUAUUAAAGUGCAUGCGGCUUUUUUGGCCUGAAAACUGCGUUAUAUUAAAGGCGCACGCACAGACAAAGGUCGCGCGCAUCAAAGUGAAGGGUUCUGUAGCUCAGAGGAAACGAGAAUCGUUUCAAGCUGGCGCGGAAUGAGCUAUAUGAACGUCAAAUCUUUCUGGAGAAACUAUUUCUCUUAAUUAAGUCGGCUUGUAAUGUCAUGCUUACACGUGGAGUGUCUCAAAGCGCCGCGGCCGCGUUGCGGUCAGGAGUUUGAGCCAUUCCGCGUGCGACCAUGAUGUUUUUAGCUUGAAGGAAACCAUUCAAGUUUUCAUUUCUCAACGCAUGAAAAAUGAUUUUUCGAAUAAUCAACAAUUUCUGCGACCAAAAGAAUGAAUUGAAGCUUCGAAAAGAUAUUUUUCAGUACCACGCGGAGUCUCGACAACGAUCUGUAGUGCCUCUGAAACGCGUGGAAUCUUCUAUGCAUGAGUAAUAAAGUUUAUUUUAUUUUCAAGAUGAAUCGGAACCUUUUUUGCAGUAAGCUGGGAAUGGAGAAGAACUACACGAUCAGUGUUUUUCCGUCUCAGUGGAGCACAAAGUUCCGCCAGUCUACAUUUAUAACUCUUACGUUUCUUUUAAUGAGGCUCGAGAAAAAAAAAUAUGGAAUAAUCCAAUUUGUGUUUUAGAUGUCUAGGUUAGACCUUUUUGAAGAGAAGUUGUUCUAUUUGAGAGGCACCCGUCAUUUUCAGUUUUUUGACUCCGCAAGGCUCGACGCCAAAUUGGGGUGAUUUUUUAUCCCAGUCAACACAAAUAACAGGGAAAAGUUCGGAGAAGCAUUUCACAAAGUAUUGUGGAAUACUCAGAAAGGUGCCAAUAAUUGAGAUAUCUGUAGACUUUCAUAGAGAAAUCGAACAUUAAAAAAAUAUAAUUCCAGUUUUUUUAUUGAUUAUAUUUGAAUAUUUGAGUUGAUCAAAAAAAGUGUCCAAAAACGCUAGCUUUACUGGAUGAAUAUAUUAAAAAGUCUCAAACUCCGAAAUUUCUUUUUUAUUGGAUAUCAGACUCAAAAAUCGAGAAAAUUUGAAGUUUUUUUUUAAGAAUUAGGAAAAAUGUAAAAAGUUGAAAAGUCUUGAUUUUUUAAACUGUUUUGUGGUCUAAUUUCUGAAAAUUUCCUAAGUUUCUAGAAUUUUUAAAAAGAUAUAGUUUUUUUAAUUGAGAUUGAAGUUCUUGUCGUCUGAACCUUUCAUUUUGAGUCAGACUUUCUUUCAAUUUCAAAAUCGAGGUUCACUUCAUAGGCAGGGGAGAGAUCUUUUCAAAUCCACUUUUAGAGCAGUUAUUUUGCUCUUUUUUUUACCUACUUUUUUCGAGCCUUUUUAUUGAAAUUUCAGGAAUUAAAAGUUAAAAAGAUCGAAAAUUGUCUUUCUCAUUGCCAUUAAAAAUUAUCUUCGAAAGACUUCUUUUAUUUUCUGUGUUCAAAAUCUUGGUUCAGCAUAACGAUAUGUCUGCGGAACGAUUUCGCCCUCCGGUGUCGAAAACGAAUUUCUUCCGGUGGGAAGUCUUUUCGUUCGCUAACCGACGGCUUCUCUCGUCAGUUGAUGCCAACUUACCGGAGAAGUGUCAUCCGACAAGAGGUUAUUUUGACAUUUUAUCAAUUUAUCAUCUGUUGGAGAUGAUAUCGUCUGCCUAGAAAAUUCAAACGGGUAUCAAAACUUGAGAAGUGGUGCCAUAAAUUGAUUUUGUUGAUUUUCAAAAGGUAUCAAGGCUCGAGAAAACUAAAUUUUUUAUGUAGAGUAUUGGGCGAUUUUCUGGGAAAUCAUGGUUUGAAUUUGAGAUCAAGUUUUAAAUAAUUUUCUUUUUCAUGACUUUUUGUCAGUGCUCUUUUUCAUUAUUUUUUGUGGAAGUUGCUGUUGAAGCCAUACUUUGAUAUAUGUUUUUGCUAAACUUCGACUGAGCCAUUCUUCUUCCCAUUUUCUCAAUUUUCGAAGAAAGAUCCUGUUUCCACGACAAUCUCAGAAACUUCGAAACGUUCCAGCGUCUGGCAUCUCCAAUGUAUUUGCCACGGUUAGCUGAAAACGAAGCGGCCCUCGAAUCGGUCAUCAAAGAACGACUUUUGGCCCACGACUACGAACUUCAAAAAGACAAGCAUAAUAGCGCCUUGAGGGUGUCCAUCUUCUUAUUUCUCCUCUUCGAAAGCAUCCUUUUCAGGUCGUCCGAAACUUCCUCAGAACGAACAGCGAAUGGGUAGAUGAGCGCCUUAAAAUGGGACCACCGUUGAAAAUUCCCGUCUCCAGGGCGAAUCUUGGGUUUUUCUUUCAUUUUUUUUCAGAGAAAAACGAGAUUUUCUUUUGAAGGGAGUGGCUGAAGGAACGGAAACACAGAUUGUUCAAGAGCGGUCUUCACGACAUUUUCAACGAGUUCAACAUGAUGUCGCCGCAUUUCGCCUAUUCUGUCCAUUUCUGCCGGGCCUUGCAGCCGUUCAAGUUUGUCGUCUGUGGCGAUGGAGUCCUCCGGAGAGUCGGUUUCGAAUAUAUAUAGUAGUCUAAUCAGGGCCGACUUAGUGACGAACACGCAUCUGAAUCCCAACAAUAAAUACGCUGUUUUCUCCGUCCAGUUCUCACGCCCUUAAAAUAUUGUCUUUAGAUAGAAAUAAAUAUGGAGCAAAGUUCUUUUUUCGAAUUUUCAGAGAAAAAACUUUUUUUUUGUAACUUUAAUACAUGGUCAAGUUAGAUUUUGUGGGUCCAAAGCAAUGUUUUUUUAUCUGAUCGAUCAAGAGGUCAGACAGAAUAAAGCGGAUUUUUUCAGAAAGACGGUAGUUCUACCUUUCCACUGACAGUGAGACCUUCUCGGUACCACAACCGGCCUGUUCUGGGGUUCGUGCAGAACAACGACGACCCUCAGAUGGAGGAGCCACUUAAGGCGUCCAUCAUGCACAAAACAACUAGCGCGCCUUCUUUCGAGUCUAUAAGUGGCUACUCUAGUGACAGCGCCGCUUCCACCGCUACUAUGGUGAGAUUUCAAAUUAGAGACGACAAUGGCUCGUUACUUUAUGAUGAAUUUUAUCUUGAAGAUUUUCUUGGCAAUUGCCUCUGAAGAUAGGUAAGGCCAACUAAUAAGAAGUUGAAAGUGAUUUUUUUAGCCGUUCAAAUCCAGAUAUUGUUUUUGAAGUCAGAUCAUAUUUCCGCUGAGUUUCCCACACGAAUAACCUCGAACUUUAGACUCCUGGCGACUGGAAACACAACUGGAAGUUGCAAGAACGACACAUCGAGUACGAACAUCGCUACAUGAAGAAUGGCUAUCCAGUUCGAAUUUUUUCUACAAUUCCAUUUCAACCUUUUUUCAAAUUUAAAAAUGAAAAGAAAUUGUACAUCUUCUGCAGAACAUGAAAGAAACGAAAAAGCUGGCCGAAAAGGAAUUCAAUGCUCGGAUCACUCGCGAAAUUAUUUCGAGAAGACUGGCUAUGGAGUUUUUCCUCUCCUUUUUCCUCAUAUAUCAUAUAAAUUCCAGAAAAGCGAACAAGUUUUGUGGCGUCUUUGAAAAAAACUUCCUUCGAUCGAAAAAUGUGAACAUUCAAAUUGAAAAAACUUUAAUAAUUCUAAACUUUGAGGGCCAACUUUGGCGCCCUCGCGAGGGUCUGGAAAACUCGAGAAGGCGAAUCAAAUUCUUGUUGAGAAGGUUGAAAAAAAAACCAAGUCGUAAGGAAGCUUUGGUUACCGGCGAAAUAAUUAUAACUUGAAAUACUUUUUUUGCAGAUAAUGAGGAGACAAGUACGCCGCCUGAGAAACAGCUUUGCUCAGACCAAAAAGGAUCUGAAUUUGAGGAGGUUCGAAAAGAAAAUGAAGACUUAAAAAAAGAAGUAUAUGCUGUUCUGUCUCACAAAGCAUGACUCAAAGCGACGCGGUUUAUUUUAAGCCUGAAAACUAAUUGCGCGCGGCGCAUUCUACAGUACAAGAGGGAAGUCGCUAGGGGUCGGGUGCAUAUUCGCCUAAAUCGGAACUUUCUUUCAUUUGUCAAACAGCAGACUUUCUUUUAACUUCCGAAUAUAUUCUGUUCAGAUUUUGAAUGUCAAGUCGUCGCUCAAGCUCCGCCCAUAAUGGUGCAAUAAACCAAUCAGAGAGCGAGCCAUCCACAGAGUGUUUUUGAAUGACGUCAUUGCACUUGACAUUAAAAAUCUGAACAGACUAUAGCCGCGCUAGAAAUUUGGAGCCAUACCAAUUGCUCUCAAAUCUGGAAUAGUAGAGUAAAAACGUUUUGGACUUUGAAUUACGUAUUUUCUUUCUUCAAAAAAAUAAAGUUUUCAAAAACACUAUUUUCAGAAUGGGAAUAACAAAGCAAUGGAAAAGAUGGACCGUGAAGCUUCCUCGAAAAUGUCUUUCGAACAUGGCUUUUUUGGUGAUUCAAUGAGAAUUCUCCAGUUCUGAAAAUUGUGUCUCGUCUUAAGAUCAGCACUCGCGAUAAUUGGUGUUCUACCAGCGCGAUGUCUGGCUCCAACACAAUCAGGAGAUGCGACAGACUAAUCGUUGGUUUUUUUGUGAUUCUUCGAAUCUCUCUUCCUUGCAGACGACUUCAGAAUCGGAUCAAAGAAGGGCAUCUCGGAAGUAUAUUCUGUGGCUGGUUAUCUUCGCCAUCACGGCCAACAUCGGCGUUUUCGCCAUCAUCAGCGGCUCUUUGAUGUCUUUGUGA